GAUCUUUUCAUAUUUCUAAUCUUAUCCAACCACGACUUCUUGUCAGGUUUGGGUAGACGACUGGAAGAGCCAGGAGGCGAGGCACAAGAGCCUUUUGGAGGAUCGAGAACUUCCAACACAGGAUGGCGCUCGGGUGGUCUUGAAUCGGCUCGUGCUUCAAGCGUCUUCUAA